CGCUCGGAAACCGCGGAGGAAUGUAGCGGAGCGGCAAGCGAGGGCCGCUGCCGUGUGGAGGAGGCUGAGCGGUAGGAGGGGCGGGGAGGGACCAGCCGCGGCAGUGACAAGGUGCCAGCGAAGCCGAGGGGACGCUGCUAGGGCUCCACCGCCCACGUCGCCGCCCGCCCGGAGAAGUUUGCCUCGGGAGCAGUGCAACCGCCGGGGCCACCGCGGCCGGGCAGGGGAGCCGCGUCCGAAGCCGCCGCACCCGGAGCCGCGGCGGGACGGGUGUCGCCUCCGGCGGGACGCGGCGGGGGGACGUCGCCCCGCCUGCGCCAUGGCAGCACGCUCGCGGAGACCCUGGCUGAGCGUGGUUCUGGGGCUGGUGCUGGGCUUCACUGCCGCCUCCUGGCUCAUCGCUCCCCGGGUGGCCGAGAUGAGCGAGAAGAAGCGGCGCGGCGCCAGCCUCUGUUCCUACUACGGCCGCGCGGCGGGGCCGGGGGCUGCCGGGGGCGCGGGCGCGGCGGUCGAGCAGCCGGCGGCCGCGGCGGUGCUGGGAGGCACGGGCGUGCGGAGCAGCCCAUGGGAACUGCCGGCGGGAGAGGAAGGCACGGUGUUCAGCCCCGCCGCCGGCGGAGAAGCGGAGCAGGAGGAGGAGGAGGAAGGCGGCGAGAAGCGGAGCGGGCGGCCCGGCGGCAGCCGCAACGGGAGCGGUGACUGGGGAGGCGCGGCGGGCUGCGCCAAGCCUCGCAACUUCCUCUACGUUGGGGUAAUGACGGCCCAGAAGUACCUGGGCAGCCGGGCGGUGGCGGCGCAGCGGACGUGGGCGCCCUCGGUGCCGGGCCGCGUGGAGUUCUUCUCCAGCCAGGGCUCGGCCGCGCCCCCAGGGCUGCCCCUGCUGCCUGUCGUCGCCCUGCCCGGCGUGGACGACUCCUACCCGCCGCAGAAGAAGUCUUUCAUGAUGAUCAAGUACAUGCACGACCACUACCUGGACAAGUACGAGUGGUUCAUGCGGGCGGACGACGACGUCUACAUUAAAGGUGAAAAAUUGGAGGAGUUUCUUCGCUCACUGAACAGCAGUGAGCCUCUGUAUUUGGGACAGACUGGUCUGGGUAACAUUGAAGAACUUGGGAAGCUGGGACUUGAGCCUGGAGAGAAUUUCUGCAUGGGAGGGCCAGGAAUGAUAUUCAGCCGGGAGGUUCUGAGGAGGAUGGUGCCACACAUAGGUGAAUGCCUUCGUGAGAUGUACACCACUCACGAGGACGUGGAGGUGGGCAGGUGCGUCCGAAGAUUUGGAGGAACGCAGUGUGUUUGGUCCUAUGAGAUGCAGCAAUUGUUCCACGAGAACUAUGAACACAACCGCAUGGGUUAUAUUCAAGACCUUCACAACAGCAAAAUUCACACAGCUAUAACACUUCAUCCAAACAAAAGGCCAGCCUACCAAUAUAGGCUGCACAAUUACAUACUGAGUCGCAAAAUUUCCGAACUGCGCUAUCGAACCAUUCUUCUCCAUCGGGAACGUGCCCUCAUGAGCAAACUUAGUAACAGCAAAGUAACGAAGGAAGAUCAGCAACUGGGAGUGAUACCAUCUUUCAAUAAUUUCCAGCCACAUGAAAGAUCUGAAGUCAUCGAGUGGGAAUUUCUGACAGGAAAAUUUCUUUACUCGAUGGUAGAGGGCCAACCACCCCGGCAGAGUGUGAGCAGUGUUCUGCGGGCUGCACUAGAUGACACUGUGAUGCAAGUCAUGGAAAUGAUAAAUGAGAACUCUAGGUCUAGAGGAAGACUGAUUGAUUUCAAGGAAAUACAAUAUGGAUACCGCAGGGUGGAUCCUAUGCAUGGGGUGGAGUACAUCCUGGAUUUACUGCUCUUGUACAAAAGGCACAAAGGAAGGAAAGUUACAGUUCCAGUGAGACGUCAUGCUUUCCUUCAGCAACUGUUCAGCAAACCUUUCUUCAGAGAAGCAGAAGAACUAGAUGUAAGAAGCCUGCUGGAGGACACCAAUGCUGACACACAAUCUUUCUCUUUUCUUUCAAAUUCUUUAAAGAUUUUUUCUUCAUCAUUCCAAGGCACCAAAGACAUUGUGGGACACAGUGACAAGAAAAUACAUAUUCUUGUCCCUCUUAUAGGAAGAUUUGACAUUUUCUCAAGAUUUAUGGAAAACUUUGAGAAGACUUGUCUGAUUCCCAGACAGAAUGUAAAGUUGGCAAUAAUUCUCUUCAGUUCUGAGUUAGGACAGGAUUCCAGUAAACACAUAGAGCUGUUUAAAGAAUAUAGCAUGAAGUAUCCUAAAGCAGAUAUGACCCUGGUUCCUAUGGCAGGAAAGUUUUCCAGAGGUUUAGGUCUUGAAAUGGCUUCAUCCCAGUUUGACAAUGGCACUUUGCUGUUGUUCUGUGACGUUGAUCUGAUAUUCACACCAGACUUCCUACAGAGAUGCAGAGAAAACACUAUUCAGGGAGAACAGGUUUACUACCCUAUCAUCUUCAGCCAGUAUGAUCCAAAAGUAAUAUAUGGAGGCAACCCUCCAGCUGACAGUAGUUUUAUUUUCACAAAAAGAACUGGAUUUUGGAGGGAGUAUGGAUUUGGAAUUACGUGUAUUUACAAAAGUGACCUACUUACUGCUGGUGGAUUUGAUACCUCAAUUCAAGGCUGGGGUCUUGAGGAUGUAGACCUCUAUACUAAAGUGAUAACAUCAGGCUUGAAGGCUUUUAGAAGUCAAGAAGUAGGAGUUGUUCAUAUUUUUCACCCAGUUCAUUGUGACCCCAGUUUAGAUCCAAAACAAUACAAAAUGUGCUUAGGAUCCAAAGCAAGUACAUUUGCUUCAACCAUGCAGCUCGCUGAACUCUGGCUAGAGAAAUAUUUGGGUGUCAGAUACAAUCGAACUGUCUCCUGACAUCCCAACCCAUUUGGCCUUUUAAGGGGAGUUUACCUCAUUAUUUUUUUAUUUUGAUGUUGUAUUUUUAAACUCCCUUCUCUUUGUCUUCCAAAGACUGCUGACCUCAAACCAGAUGAGUCUGCUGUUCACUGAUGUUUCUUAUACCUACUGAACUGAUUAGGUAAACUCUUCCAGAUUUCUUUUAUUUGAAAAUCAAUCAAACCAUGGCAAUCACACGAUCUCAUGGAGCACAUCCAUCACAAGAGACUACAUCAGAAGAAUAUUCUUUUUGGCUUUAGGAUACAGUAUCAUCUUUGUUGCAUUUUUCAGACUUGAUGUGAUACAAAUAUUUAAAGUGAAGGUACCACAAAAGUGCUUUAUGCUUCUUCUGGGGAUGGAACUUUGUUAGAUAAACUUGAGUUUUAUAAUUUAUAUGAGGACUUAUAUGUAUAAACACUACUUUUCUUCAUCUUUAGAAUUUUUAAAGUAAGCGAAUAACUAUGAUUGUACCUUUAUUUUUAAAAAGGAAGAAAAGCCGAGGAGUUGCUUGCAAAUGCAACUGGUACUGGCUACCAAGUUACCUUAAACGUCUUAUUAGAGUAACAAACUCCUCGAUGUUCUUCACUCUAAGUGUAAAUGAACUUUAUUUUCACAAGGAAAGGAAUUUAAUCUAAUCCUCAUAUACAUUUUAGGAGAUUUCUGAACCAAUGUCCUUCAUUUGCAGACAAGAAGCUAUGACAUAACAUGGUCAUUUAUGGUAAAGUGCAGGCAAACAACAUUCUUUUUUUGAAACAUAUAAGUUGGUGUUUCUUUUUAGAAUGGAUCUCUAAUAUGUAAUUUUCUUUUACAUUCCUCUCAUAAACUGCACUAGAUAGAGAGCGUUAGAAGUUAAAGCUGUAUCUUUUUUUUAUGUUUUCUGUGAAUAUUGGUACUCAGAAACAAUUUGUUGUUAAAAUUAAAGUAAUUGUAGGAUAAUUAUUUAAGUUUCAAAAUUUAUAAUUGCUGGUCAAAAUUCCUUCCCAAUAUAUUUAUAUUAGUGGAGGUUAUAAGACUGUGUUAAAAUCUAUCUCUCUGGACAGCCUGAUGUUGUCGUAUUACUGAUUUAUGGAGUAAAGUAUUUAAAAUGAUAUCAACUUAAGAAAUAAUGGAACCAACUUUUUGUAUUUUGAAGAAAUGUUUAUAUGGGGAUCUACAAAUGUGCAUGUGUGUGUGCGGUGUGUGUGUAUAUGUCCCUCUAUAUACAUACAUAUAUAUAUAUUUAUAUAUGUAUAUAUAUAUGUAUAGAGAAUCAUAGAGAAUCAUUUUAAAAGAUGUUCCUUUUUUUUUCAUUUCAGGCAGUGAAUUUGUUAUAAUUAUUUUUACCACAUACUUGCAACAUUUCAUAUUAUACUGUGGUAAGAGUUCAAAGACAUCCAAGAAACCAUCAACCUUCAGUCAAACUUAAAUACAUCGGGUACUUCUGAUCUCAGUACUCUAGAUUUCAAUCUGCAUUUCAAAUUGAAUUGGUGUCAAAGGUUUACGGGCUGGUUUGGCAUGGUCUUGUGACUGGCGGGGUGGAGGGACACAGGGACCUGCAUCCCGCAAAAGGUAUAAGGGAAAAGGGGAAAAGGAGAGAGAGAUGGGCCUAAAAACAAAAGAGCAGCAACAAUCUGAGGAGAAACAAACUAUUUUACUAAAUAAGAUAUCAGAAUGCAAGAUAACACACCAUAAUACAAUAUAAUAAAAUGCAGUUGAAACUAGUAAAUCAAAUUAAAUGAGAGAGUGUGUCUGAAAGCCAAAGCUCUUACUCUAACGCUGUGGUGAGACAGCACCCGCAACAGGGACUAGGUAACCUAAGAAGGCCUUUUAUCUUUUCCCACUGAGCAGAAAUGAUAACAGAACAGCAAGUAGUUCUCUGGGGGACGUAGUAGUUCUCUUCUUCCAGGACAGGUACCCGGAUGUGGAGCAUUAGCAUUUUAACUCCCAGUGCUCUACAUGAUGUUAUGAUGUGGAAUACUGAUAACCAAACAUCAUAAAGCCAUGACAACUGGAAAAAAAACAAACAAACAACAACAACAACAAAACGUAAGCAAUUGUUGAAGUUUUCUUAUGCUUAAAUACAUUUUUCAUAGUGAUCCCCCUCCCACUAUCCUCUCUGUGUUUCCUUUCAAACAGCAACCAAGGGGUUGGAAUUCAUUGGCAAGUCUAUUUGUGUGAAGAUAUCCUGAUAAAAUUUCGUAAGGCACCAGGAGGAUACAUAGGUCGAUUAAUGUCUCUUAUUUAUGAGUGGCUUGUUCUGGAGGAAAAAGGCAUCCCUGAAGGGGAAUCGGUGUACUGGAUAAUAAAGGGCUGGCCAUAGCCUUUUUAUAUGCUUUUAAGAAGGCCAGGUGCAUUGCCUCAGAAAAGCUAGUAAUUGUAGUAGAUGACAGCAGAUAACUCAUGCAUGUCUGCCCUCCCAGAGGAGAGCUUCUUGCUUAUCAUUCUUCUGGAAAUUUCUAGCCCAGUAUCAGUGGCUCAAAUGUCUGGAGAAAAUAAAAUUAUUAGAAAAUAAAAAUAUUUGUUUUGAAGGAAUUCUUGCAGACUUCUCUUUGAAUCUGCAUGAGUGCAAAGCUCUUGCUUAGUUUGAUUAGAAAGCCAAGAGCAAGGAACAGGAAAGUGAAUUCCUGCUGAUAAAUGUUUGUGAUGAUUUCAUAGAAUCAUAGAAUCAUAGAAUGGGUGGAAGAGACCUUAAAAGAUCACCUACUUCCAAACCCUCUGCCAUGAGCAGUAUUACUAGCCACCAGAUCAAGCUGCACAGUGCCUCAUCUAGCCUGGCCUUGAGCACCUCCAUGGAGGGGGCUUCUCUGGGCAGCCUGUGCCAGAGACUCACUGCCCUCCAAGUAAAAAAAUUCUUCCUAAAAUCUGAUCUGAAUCUCCCCUCUUUUAGUUUAAAGCCAUUCCCCCUUGUUCUAUCACUACUGGACUGUGUAAAAAGUCGGUCCCACUCCUGCUUGUAAACUCCCUUCAAGCACUGGAAGACUGCAAUUAGGUGUCCCUGGAGCCUUCUUUUCUUCAGGCUGGACAAGCCCGGCCUUCUCACACCUUCUUCUUAAAAGAGGUGCUCCAUCUGUGCAUCUUCGUGGCCUCCUCUGGACUCGCUCCAACAGCUCUUCUUCUCUUGUGUGCUGGGGGUCCCAGGCCUGGAUGGAGUGCUCCAGAUGGAGCCUGACAAGGGCAGUGCAGAGGGGGACAGUCACCUCUCUCUCUCUCUGCUGUCACCCCUCUGUUGAUGCACUCCAGGAUACAGUUGGCCUUCAAGGCUGCAGGAGCACACUGCUGGCUCAUGUCCAGCUUCCCAUCUACUAGUACCUGUAAGGCCUUCUCCACAGGGUUGCUCUUAGGGAGUCUGUAUCUGGGAUUGCCCUGACUAAAGUGCAACACCCUGCACUUGGCAUUGUUGAAUCUCAUCAGGUUCUCAUGUGCCCACUUUUUAAGCCUUGGACUUUUUGAGUCCAGGUCCCUCUGGGUGGUGUCUCUCCCUUCCGUUGUGUCAACUGCACUACUCAGCUUUAUAUCAUCACCAAGGGUACAUUUGCUGAGGGUACAUUUGAUCCCCCUACAUACUUUCCUAUUCAAAGGAAGAUUCUUCUCUGAGGCCCUCUGCAUGCUUUUGUGUGUUUUGCUCCAAGUUUCCUUACACAUUUCAUGCACAUGAAUGAAAACAUGAGUGAAAAUAAUGUAAAUAAUGAUUACAAAUGUGUAAGGAAAUCAUCUGCUGAGGUAUAAUCCGGUGCUUAUUUCAAUUUUUUAACUUAGAGGCCAGAAAUUAUUUGCUCAGUUCAAAGUAAAAUAGUAGAAUAGAACAAGAAAUUAAAGCAAUCAUUCUCUGGGGAUUGAUGUAUACAGAGGGCUUGCAGGAUCAGGUCCAAAGCAAAAAGUUAGUAUCCACCAGUAUGAAUAUUUAUUUAAUGUCUGACUGGUUCGUUUGUUUAUAUGAUGAAUGACUUUGUUUAAAAAACAAAAAACAAACAAACAAAAAAAACAUUAUGUUUAUUAUGAAUUACUGCAUUGACUUUUAAAAUAACUAUCCUGAGAUAACUUGAGUACUUGUGUUAGUUUGCUUAAGGAAUAAAUGCUUUAUAAAGAGAUCAUAUUAAAAAGAAAAAAAAAACACUAAAGUGUUAGAGUAAUAUUGUGGAUGUAUAGAUUAAAAUUGGAAUGUCUCUGCUAACCAUUUGCUUUUGUCUAGUCUCAAUCACAGUCUCA